AUGCAAAAGGUGAUAGGUUCACUUAUGUCAGUGAAGAAGGAGGUGAAAGAUGAGGACUUUGAUGAUUUCCUCAGAGAACAUAUUUUGGCAGAUAAGAAACUGGAAGAUAAGACUGGUCCACUUAUGUCAGUGAGGAAGGAGAUCAAAGAAGAAGACUUUGAUGAUUUCCUCAGAGAAUAUAUUUGGACAGAUAAGAAACUGGAAGAUAAGACUGGUCCACUUAUGUCAGUGAAGAAGGAGAUCAAAGAAGAAGACUUUGAUGAUUUCCUCAGAGAAUAUAUUUUGUCAGAUAAGAAACUCGAAGAUAAGAGUGGACUGGAGCAAGACUGGAAUACGGAUACACAAACAUUAACUCUGACGUGCAAAAAGGAAACAUUCUCACCAGCGGAAAUGAAAGAGGGACCCAAUGAUAAUUUUGGAGAAUAUGACUAUGAUGACUCCUCCUCAAGUAAGAGACAUGAGAAGAUCCAUACUGAGGAAAAGCCAUGCCAUGGUACGAUGUGUUGGAAGAGUGGGAAAACCCUCACUAUCAACAAUAGAACAAAUCCUGGAGAUAAGUCAUGUCAGUGUUCAGACUCUGGAAGGACCUUUACUGGGGCGUGCGAUUUCAAGUCGCACCAGAAACUCCAUGCUGGGGAAAAGCCAUAUCAGUGUACUACAUGUGCAGAGCUCUCUAUCCAUGAGAGAUCACAUUCUGGAGUGAAGCCAUAUCAGUGCUCAGAGUGCGGGAAGACUUUCAGUCAGGCAGGGCAUCUCAAGACACACCAGAGGAUCCAUACUGGGGAAAAGCAGUAUCAGUGUUCAGAGUGUGGAAAGAGUUUUACUCAGGCGGGUCAUCUCAAGAGACACCAGAAGAUCCACACUGGGGAAAAGCCAUAUCAAUGCACUUCAUGUGGUAAGAGUUUCGGGAGGAAAACAGAGCUCACUGUCCAUAUGAGAACACAUUCUGGAGAAAAGCCAUAUCAGUGCUCAGAGUGUGGAAAGACUUUUGCUCACUUGGGCAACCUCAAGACACACCAGAAUGUCCAUACUGAGGAGCGUUACAUGUGUUCAGAGUGUGGAAAGACUUUUACUCAGAAGGGCUAUCUCAAGAAACACCAGAGGAUCCAUACCGGAGAAACACCAUAUCUAUGCACUAAAUGUGGAAAGUGCUUCAGACAAGAGUCUUCUCUCAAGCGUCAUCAAAUCAUCCAUACAGGAGAAAAAAAGCCAUAUCAGUGUUUAGAGUGUGGAAAGACCUUUGCUCAGAGGGGUAAUUUCAAUACACACAUGAGAGUCCAUACAGGAGAAAAGCCAUGGCAAUGUCCAGAUUGUGGAAAGACUUUCGGUCAGGUAGGUUCUCUCAGGCAACACCAGAUGAUCCAUACUGGAGAAAAGCCAUAUCGGUGUGAUGCAUGCGGGAAGUUCUUCCGUCAACUGCCUUCUCUCAAGUCUCACCAGAGAGUCCAUACUCUAAAGUCUCAUCAGUGCUCCGAGUGUGGCAUGACUUUUGCUCUGGUAGCUCAUGCCAAGUGGCACCAGAAAACCCAUAAUUUUAACAUGGAUAAUAUCAAGCCGCGGUUUAAAUGA